AUGUCCGAACAGCCCUCUUCUCCUCCUCCUGCUGCAGCUGCUGCUCCUGCUGCUACGGCUCGGUCCGAUCUAGCGCCAGCCGUUGAGUCAGCUCCAGCGCCGCAGCCUGAGUUAGUUCCCGCGGCUGAUCCACAGGAUGGUGAUGAGAGUGAGACCGACUCGGCUGUUGGUGAUGAUGCGGCGAGCUCCACUGCUUCCAUCACCUCUAGCAUCCUUGAGUACCGCACUAUUCAGGGCCGAACGUUUCACAGUGAUAGACAUCCUACCGAGUACUUUACUCCCAACGAUGAGCAGCAGUCCGCGUCCAUUGACAUCAACCAUCACGCUUUGACGCAGCUUCUCAGUGGAAAGCUCUUCCUCGCCCCUAUCAAGGACAACGUGCAGAAAGUGCUUGAUGUGGGAACUGGAACAGGUAUCUGGGCAAUUGACUUUGCAGACGAAUACCCCGAGGCUGAAGUCAUCGGCUCUGACCUCUCACCCAUUCAACCCAACUGGGUCCCCCCCAACGUCAAGUUCGAGAUCGACGACGCCACCCUCCGCUGGACAUGGGACAACAACACCUUUGACUUCAUCCACAUCCGCUAUCUCUUCGGCGCCAUUAAAGACUGGUCUUCUCUCUUCAAGGAAGCUUACCGCUGCUGUGCCCCCGACGGCUGGAUCCAAUCCGCCGAAGCUGAUGUCCACAUCCGCAGUGAUGAUGGAACCACUGAUGAUCUCGACUGCUUGAAGCUCUGGGCGAAGCUUUUCACUGAGGGUGGCGCUGCGCUUGGAAGCCCGUUCUUCGUGCAGGAAGGUGAUCUGCAGGAGAAGGGCAUCCAGGCUGCUGGGUUCACUGACAUCAAGAGCAUUGAGUACAAGUUCCCUAUCGGUGGUUGGCCCCGUGACCCUGAACUCGCUUCGGUCGGUAACUACGUCCGCGCGACUCUCGAGAACGAUCUCGAAGGCUACACCCUCCUACUCUGGAAGACCAUCCUUCAGUGGCCCGAGGACGAGUAUCAAGUCUUCCUCAUGGAGAUGCGCAAGUUCCUCAAGAACAAAAAGGUUCAUGCCUACAUGACUGUUCGCUACGUCUAUGGUCGCAAGGCGGAGGCUUCUUGA